UUGACUAUUUAAGCUUUAUCUCUAUUCAUAAAAAACUUUCCACUCCAAUUUCAAACUUCACAAACCCUAAUCAAAUGAUUCUCUUCAUUUCACUUCUCACAUUCAUCACACUCUUUUUCCUAGUACUAAACAAAGCAAUCAGAAAGCCCGGGAAGCUCCCUCCCGGGCCGCAAAAGCUCCCGAUCAUCGGCAACCUCCACCAGCUCGGCAAACUCCCCCACCGUUCCCUCCAAAAACUCUCCCAAAUCCAUGGCGAUCUCAUGUUCCUACACCUCGGAUUCACCCCGGCAUUAGUAGUCUCAUCCGCCGAAAAAGCCCGUGAUAUCUUUAAAAACCACGAUCUCGCCUUCUCGGGGCGGCCCGCUCUCUACUCAUUCGACAAAGUAUGCUACAAUCACUCAUGCGUCUCGACCGCACCGUACGGAGCCUACUGGAGGGAAGCUCGGAGAAUCGAAGUCCUCGAGCUGAUGACGGGGAAGCGGGUCCAGUCGUUCCGCCACAUCCGGGCCGAGGAAGUGGGCCGGAUGAUCGAUUCUAUUUUGGGUACUGCUCCGGACCCGGUCGACUUGAGCUCGGCGGUGUUUGCUAUGUCGAAUAACGUCAUCAGCCGUGCCGCAUUCGGGGCCGGGAAUGGGAAUGGGAAUGGAAAGAGCUUCAGGGAGAUUAUUAGUGAGACGCAGAGCCUUGCCGUAGGGUUUAAUUUGGCCGAUUAUUUUCCGGGUUUGGGUUGGGUUAAUCGGGUCAAUGGGGUGGAUAAAAGGAUUGCGGAGAAUCGUCGAGAUUUGGAGAGGGUUUUCGAGAGGGUAAUCGGAGAGCAUCGUGAUCGGACGGCGGAGGAUUCCGGUGAAGGAGAUAUCAUUGGUGUGUUGCUUCGAGUGCAGAAGGAAUCGGACCUCACUGAUGAUCAGCUUAAGGCUAUACUCAUGGAAGUAUUUGUGGCGGGAACUGACUCAGUGGCGGCAACAAUCAUAUGGACAAUGACGGAACUCAUCAGAAACCCAACCGUCAGACGAAAAGCUCAACAACAAGUGCGAGAAAUCGCAAAAGGCAAACCCAUGGUGGACGAAUCAGACCUCCCAAAACUCUCCUACCUAAAGCAAGUCAUCAAGGAGUCAUUCCGCCUCCACCCACCGGCACCGCUACUGGUUCCCCGAGAAACCAUCGAGCCUUGCGCCAUUGACGGCGGCAAAUACCAUAUUCCCGCCAAAACCAGGGUUUUCUUCAACUUGACAGCUAUGUCGGUGGAUCCGGUGAUAUGGAAAAACCCUAGGGAAUUCUCUCCGGAGAGGUUUGAGGAUAGCGAAGUCGAUUUUAGAGGGAAGCAUUUCGAGCUGCUUCCGUUUGGUGCGGGGAGGAGGGGGUGCCCCGGGAUCAACUUCUCGAUCCCGGUGGUGGAGCUGGCCGUGGCGAAUCUUUUGUUCCGAUUCGAUUGGAAGCUUCCGGAAGGAAUCUCAGCGGAGGAUAUUGAUAUGGAUGAAUCGCUUGGGAUUGUUAUGCGUAAGAAGACUCCUCUUUGCUUAAUAGCUUCCUCAGCGAAUAAUUAGAAGUGGGGGUACGUACAUUCAAAAAUAUUACUACUAUGUUAAAUCUUAAAUGGCAGUAAUUAAUUUAAGAUAUUGUGCCAAAAAUAAUAUCGAUGUUCUUGUACUUUUAAAUUUGUAUGUAAGAUUACUCAAACCUCGGAUCUAUAAUAAUUCUUAUUUAUAUUGUAUGUGCAAUUGAGAC